ACACGCGUCCUUUGCUAAUUCACUGAUUCCCUGUGUGUAUAAUUACACACACAAUAUCUGGAAUAACACUGUACCAAGGAGUCGUUAAAGUCUAAAGCUCAGGUUAAGAGAGAUUUUAAAGAAUCUCUCUCUCUCUCUCUCUCUCUCAAUUUAUAUAUGGCGGUGGUGAUUUCAGCUUUCAGAGGCGCAUCACAUAUCCGCUUUCCUAUUUUUCACCAUCCUCAGUUUCCUGUCUCAAGAACAUCUGGUAGACUGCGAAAAUUUAAAUGUGGAACUGAAGGGCUUACUCUUUUUGCACGAUAUUCACAGACACAAGAUCUCUUCACUUCUCGCCUUCAAGAUAGUAUAGAGAACUUGCCAAAACUUGUGGAGGACAUCUUUCAGACGUCCAUUAACACAGGUCCACGUGGCGCAAUUAGGCUAGCUCAAGGUAUUCAAGCAGUUGUUGGAGUUGGUAGUGAGUGGCUGACAGAUGUAUCAAAGGCAACUACGUCAACCAGUUCAUCUGCUGGAUUACCUAAUCAGUUGCAGCUAGGACUAUUGUCUCCACUUUAUUUGAGAAAAUUGUUUGAACGUUUGGGUGCUACAUACAUCAAGUUGGGUCAGUUCAUAGCAUCAGCCCCGACAUUGUUUCCGCCAGAAUAUGUAGAGGAGUUCCAGUACUGUUUCGACAGAGCUCCUGCAAUUCCUUUUGAGGAGAUCAAAAAAAUUUUGCGCGAAGAAUUUCGCGGGCCAAUAGAUGGUGUGUUUGAGUAUGUCGAUCCAACACCGAUUGCUUCAGCUUCAAUAGCACAGGUUCACGGUGCAAGACUUCGAGGUACUCGAGAGGAUGUUGUGAUAAAGGUCUUGAAACCGGGAAUAGAAGAUACUUUAGUGGCAGACUUGAACUUUGUGUAUGUUGUUGCUCGCAUUCUUGAAUUCUUGAAUCCUGAGCUAAGCCGUACAUCACUGGUUGCUAUUGUCAAAGAUAUAAAAGACUCGAUGCUUGAAGAAGUAGACUUCACAAAGGAGGCUGCAAAUAUAGAUGCCUUCAGGAGAUAUUUAGAAUCCAUGGGACUCACAAGGCAAGCUACAGCUCCAAAAGUGUAUCAGCAAUGCAGCACCAAAAGAGUGCUGACAAUGGAGAGGCUAUAUGGUGUUCCUCUAACUGACUUAGAUUCUAUAAGGUCUCUCGUCGCAAGUCCCGAAAGCAGUCUUGUAACAGCCUUAAAUGUUUGGUUUGGUAGUUUGCUUGCUUGUGAAUCCUUCCAUGCAGAUGUGCAUGCAGGAAACUUGUGGCUGUUGCGUGAUGGGCGUAUCGGCUUUUUGGACUUUGGUAUAGUGGGGCGCAUAUCACCCAAUACAUGGAAUGCUAUGGAAGUGUUUUUGGCAUCUCUAGCAAGUGAAGAGUACGAGUCAAUGGCAUCUGCGCUGGUAGAAAUGGGCGCCACAAGCAAAGUUGUGGAUUCAAAUGCUUUUGCUAAAGAUUUGGAGAAGAUUUUUUCAUCAAUCAAGGAUUUGGAUACAGAAAUUCUUGUAGCAACAGCUAGGGGACCAAAUUCAAAUGCAACUGCUGUCUCUGCCAAUCUAGUUGUUGAUGAAAGACAGAUGAAUGCACUAUUUCUUGAUGUGAUCCGGGUUAGUGAGUCAUAUGGACUGAAAUUUCCUCGUGAGUUUGCACUUUUGAUGAAACAGCUUCUCUACUUCGAUCGCUACACCCGACUGCUAGCUCCAAACAUGAACAUGCUCCAGGAUGAACGAAUUUCCAUCGUCUCAAAUAGCAGCAGAAACAGAAACAGUUAUUAAUAGGGCUCUGUUAGUGAUUUUUGUUUGUCUGUACGUUCUGUUUUUCUAUUUUUCGUUCACCAAAUAUGUAUAUAGUAAAUAGUAACGAUAGAUUUAUACCAUGGAAACAUUUUUAGCAACACCAAAAAAACAAAAGUAUAUCAUCCAGUUCAUAAUUAUUGUAUACAUCUUAUAUUGUGCCAA